GAGUUUCACGAUGACUACAUGACUAUAUGAUGCGAGAUGAUGCCAUGGAUCGACUUUGUUUACGAUUUGACGAAGCCCUAGGGGGUCGGGUCGAGGGUUCUCGGCGCGGAGCCUAUUCCGGGGGGAAGCAAGGGGAGGAGGGGAAGGCCGCCGGUACUGCAGUUACCCAUCUAAUCUAUCGCUGAGUACGAGUACUCUGUUGCUCUCUCAUCCUCUUGUCUACUCUCGACUCUCGAGCUAUUCUCACAUCUCUCACAUCAGAUCAACCUCUGAGCGGAAAUCUGACAGCUUCUUGAGAAUGGCCUUCCCUCACCCAUUCUCUGCCAGCUCGAAACCACUCCCAUCCGCCGACUAUUGGUCCACGACCAACCCGCUACCCUUCGCGGCUACCUUGAACCAAGGACCUCUCUUCAGCGGGACGGACUUCAAUGGCAAGGGAAAAGGCAGGGAGAGAGAGAGGUCUCGAGAGCAAGAGGAAUGGCAGAAUGGGUCGGCCGCUGUGAGGAGGUCGGAUCUGGCUCAAGGUCUGGCCCAGCUUGACCUUCAAUCGAUCCGGCCCCUACCACCUCCCCGUUCGCCUGGAUCGUCCAGUACCUUCUCGCCAACGCCCACAGAAAAGUCUCUGCCUGACGAUGACGACGAGGAGCUCGACCCUCAGCUUUUAGCAGAACGCAAGAUCGCUCACUGCAUAGCUCUCGACGAGCCCCGCUUAGAUCUAACCGGAAUGGGUUUGCAAUACCUUCCGGACGAUAUCGCCAACAUGCGGUACAUCUUUCAUCUGGAAAGGAGGACAUCUGUGUCGAUGUCAGGGACGGCGAAGGGCGAAGGUAUCGGUGUUGGAGAUAGGGAUCCUUAUAGGACGCCUCCUGGCUCGCCAUCCGUCAAUAGAGGAAGUUCAGCACGAGCAAAUAAUCGAGCAUCACCAGCGGGUUAUCAUCUACGCGGACCGGAUUAUCACAGACCCUGGGCGCGUUCAACCUCCCUUCCAGCGUCCAUGCUUCCCACUCCUACUUCUUCAAGCAUGACCUUCGGAGAGACGGAAGGAGGUCUCAUCUCGCCCUGGAGGCAAAACCUACGAGGGUCUUAUUCCAACCCACUCGGGCUAGGACCCCCUCCUUCAACACGAUCCGGAGGGGCGUUCGGUGGGUUCUUGCCGCCGGGUUCGCCGGUCCUUGAACGAGACGACGAGAAUAUUGAUGAUGAUGAAGUAAACGAGGGAGAUGGAGAUGGACCGGCCGGAUUUCCCCGUAGAAACGCGUCAAAGUCCAAGCAGCCCUCGAGUUCUUUAAAAGACCGAGGAGCGGUGAUGGGAAGGAGAAACUUGACGGCACCUGCUAGUUCCAAACUUCGGGUCCGGUUCGGAGCGGAACAUAAUUCGCCGGAUGCUACUGCUAGUACUAGUACUGGUCCCGGUGCUGAUCCUGCGAGGGAAGGAGGUUUCCGGUCAGAUUCUUCGUCCGAUGCAGGAUCUUCGACGAGGUCAGGAUCGAGUUCGAGAGCGAGCUCUGCUUCAAAUCCCGCAGCGAGGUCAAGCACCCCGCAGGGUCGGCCAGUCGGUUUACCGACAACACCGACCACGCCUACUCGGUCACCCGUCGGGCACGCCGUGAGAUCGACGAUCGCUUCAACGGUCCACCCCACUCGACAGGCCGGGACGUUCGCUUCUGCAAAGUCCCUCUCUGCGGUGACUUUCGGUCGAUCGCCGAGGGCUCCCGACACAUUCGGAGGGGAGCGAACCAUGAGGCGGACUCCUUCAGGAUUCUAUGAGCGACCUGGGGAGACUUCGUGGAGUGGAGAGGGAGGAUCGGAUUUAGCCCUUUAUCUCGGGCACAAUGCGAUCUCAUGUCUACCUAGUUCACUGUUUCUCUUGACCAACUUGACGGUCUUGUCCUUGCGCGCGAAUAAGCUCGAAAGACUGCCCGCCGGUGUCGGUCAAUUGAAACGGCUGAAAGAGCUGAACGUCAGCAACAAUUCGAUCAGAUCUUUCCCUCCAUCCCUCCUCGACCUGAGCGAAUUAACCGUGUUCAACUGUAUCAACAACCCGUUGGUCCGGACCGACAGUCGCAUCGAGCCGUCGGGCCGGAGACUCGCACCGUUAGCAAUCAAGCUGGACGAAGAGAUGAUGGGAUCUCAAGUACCUUCCCUUCACUCCCUCUGCUUGGCAAGGUUGUUAUCGACGAGCGAACCGGAUCACAUGCCGCCGCUCUUAUCACGUUUCGAUUGGAGCCCAGAAGGCGGGGAGAAUCAUGCUCUGCAGAGCCCGGAAAAUCUGCAUAAGCAUCUAAAAUACCUCUCCCUGGACAAUUGCGCCAGGGUGAUUCAAGCGCUCCGGUCGGCGUCGGAUGCCAAGCAGGCGAGAGCGUAUGAAUACAGUCUGCCCGACAACAUCUCUUCCCCUGGCAAGAGACGUCCACAGAGGAAUAGAAACGAUCGCGGGUCGUCAUUGAAGGAGGACGCGGCCGAUAACCCCUUCUUUAGCCCGUGUCCAAACCCCUCCCACUACCAAGGCGGCAUAGCCAAAUUGAGUAAGUGGGUCUACCUCCAAUCGCCUGCAGAGGAGCGGAUACAAUUCGUUGAAGUAGCAGGAGAGAAAAAUAUUCCGAUAAAGUGGGAAGGCUGCUGCCGAGGUUGUCUCGAUUUUCUCGUCGAGGCAGAACCCGCCGAACAGGAUACCGAUGGAUUCGAUGUGGCUGUCCUGGACGAUGCCGACCCGAUACCUUGGGCGACGCAGUUGUAGACCAUAACUAGCCUAUACAAGAUGGAUCGGCGCCGGGCUUCCCAUAGCCUGCUCCGGAGCUUCCAUUCCCAGCAGCACGUAGACCUCUUCCGGCGACCUGUUCAUGAGGGUUGAAGGGAAUUCGUACUUGUUCGCUUUGUCCAUGACUGCGUCGUGGAGCUUUUCAUAAUCGCCCGCGAGCCG